GGGGCCGCCAUGUUGCGAAGGCUGAGGAGGCGUUGGGACGCCUACAAGUACCGGUUCGUGCCUUGGUUGGCCCUUAACCUCCGCCGCAAGCGUAGGACCCUCCGUUAUGUUCCUGAGGGCUCCGAAGACAAAAUUAUCUCUGACAAAGAUGUCUUUGAAACACUACUGAAAAUAUUUAAAGCUCUGUUCAUAAACGACUACAGCAGACAAGCACAUAUUUUGGCCUUACUUCCAGCAAUCAAGUGUAAAUAUUUAGAAUUACAAGCUGUUGAGAAGAAACAAUCAAAAUUUAAUUCACGUAACCAUCAGAAUCAACAUGUGUUUAGUCCAGAAGAAGUUCUCUUUAAUACAUUGGGGUUCACUGUUACCCGAGACAGAAGUUCCCUGGUAUCUGCUGGAACUGGAGUCUUUAUUUCCAAAGGUUUUGUACCAAAAGGGACGCUUGUAUCUAUGUAUCCUGGUACAGUAUACAGAAAGCAUGAGCCCAUCUUUUUCCAGUCCCUUGGCAAUCCCUUUAUUUUUAGGUGCAUAGAUGGCAUCCUUAUUGAUGGGAAUGAUAAAGGACUAUCAAGAUCAGUGUACAGGUCCUGCAGCAGGAGAGAUCAACUUGGCCCAUUUCAAAUGAGUGAUGAGAGCUGGCUUACAGCUGCCCUGCAAAACCCACUGGCAGUGGGGCAGUAUGUCAACAAUUGCUCACAUGAAAAAGCAGCUAAUGUGUGUUACCAGGAGUUUGAUGUGCCAGGAUGUUUUCCAGUAGAAUUGAAACAGUAUCUUCCAAACAUCCUCUACAGCCAUGACAUAGAAAGCCACCUGAGAUGUGUCGUGCUUGUCACUCUCAGAGACAUCAAACAAGGAGAAGAACUUUUUUCUAAUUACUACACUGUCGUCAACUGAAUUAACAGAUUGCAGACUGAAGAAAUCUAUGUCAUUAAAAUACUUACUGUAUGUGUACAUCAAGCUUCCUGAAUAUUAUUACAUAAUGGAAGGCUGUAGCUUUACCAUUUAGAAAGCUGCAGUAUUUCCAUGAAGAUACUUCACACUGGAUGCCGAGAUGAAGUUUUUAAAAAACAGCUAUUUACAUAAUUAGGUUCUGUCUUGGCUCUCCUGUUACUAUUAUUGCUUACUGCUGUUUAGCUCUCCAUACAGUAGGUCAUAAAAUAAAACUCUAAGCUCUGGACGUGUCA